GAUCGUCCAUUGAAAUCGGGAAGGCCCUCAGACGGGUUCAGUUCCGGAAGAAUUUUUAUCCACGUUGACAAGAUACGGGCUUAGAAGAAAAGUGCAUCCACAUAAGUAUUAACGUUAUUAUACCAAGCAAAGGUUGUAGUUUUAAUUAAUUUAUUAUAUAUGUUGAUUCAUAUCUUUCAUAAUAAGGAUUUAGUUUUGGUUUCAUUUAUUUUGCUACCGGUUUUUCACCGGCUGCAGUGAGGAAGUGCUGAGUGCCGACGUGGACGGAAAAUCAUCUGGAGGAGUACGGUUUGUGUAGUCUGACGAACAAGUUCCAGAGCACUACUGACAGUUCCCUUCUCAAAUUGACUGGUCACUGUUCUUUGUCUAUUCUCCACCUUGUGUAUUUAGCGUUUGUUGGAUGUCUGUCAAGAAGAAAGAAUAAAUAGGGGAGGGGCGUGGUAAUUACCUCAUCUAACAAGUGUCAGUCAAGUGGAAUUCGACAAUAACUGCUCUUAUCACCUGUCAUAAUGGAUCCUCAAAUUAUUCUCAUUGGUAUUGCAGCGUUUUGUUUGUCAGCUCUGCUGAUCUAUCUUAUAUCUAUGUUUGGUAUAAAAGAAAAAACUUUUGAAGAAGCAUUGGCUGAGCAAAAGCAAAGAAUUGAAGAUGAAAAACUGAAAGAGAAAAGCCUUAAGAAGGCAGAGAAGGAGAAAAAAAAGUUUAGGAAGACGAAAGAGAAACCAAAAGAAAAAGGACUUCAGGUUUCGGAACCUGAAUUACCUAAGGAACAAAAGAUGGUCAAUUUGGAAAUUGAUCCUGAAAUCAUUGAACCACUGACAGCCUCCACAACUGAAGGGAAACGUUCUCAAAAUAUCAAGAAGAAACCAAAAUCUAUUCUUCACAACAAGAACGAGGAGCCACAUGUGGCAAAAGAAACCCAACAAGUGAUUCACCACAUUCCAGUUCCAAAAGAUGAGCUGGAAAUUCUACAUGAUCUUGAAAAGGAUCAAAAGGAGGUAAAGAAGGAAAAGUCUGUACCAAAAUCUUCCAAGAAAGGGAAGGAAGAAGUGAAAGCAAUCCCAAAGAGGCCUGUACUAAUGGAAGAAGAGAUUGUUGUCCCGAAGUUUGAAAAAGUAUCGCACAGUGCCUCCUACUCCAGUCCGGAAUCCAAAAUGAAAAUUGAUCCUGGUCAGCUGGUGGCAACUAUUCACACGGCUCCCCUCACUGACUCUGAGAUACAGAACAUGAUUGAAGUCCUCCUGAACAAACAGGGUGGAGCCAGCUCGUCCUGGAAUAAGAAAACACAGAAAGGUGAUGAUGUUAAACUGCUGCGUAAACAGCUGGAGGAGAAGGAGCGUGCACUGCAGGAAGAACAAAAGUUGGCAAUGCAUGCCAAUUCAUGUCUGUCCAAGGAGAAAGCUGGGUACAACAGUCUGGAGAAGCAGUACCAAGAAAAGAUCGCUGUACAGAACUCUGAGAUCCAGGCCCUCCGCUCUAAGAUGCAGCACUCGAUUGAACAACACAUGAUGGAGCGUAGCUCUCUCCAGACUCGCCUUCAGCAGCUGGAGCGCCAGGCAGGUGACCAAAGCCUUGUACAGAAACUCAGUGAGGAAAAUAAGAUUUUGAAAGAAAACCUGAAAAGAGCAGAGUCAGAGACUGUGCCCCAGAAGACUUAUGCCAGCCUGACACUUGAGCUUCAGAUCAUACAGGAGGAACUCUCAAAGAAUGUCACUAGGAAUAGCGCUGCAGAGAAUGCCAAAAAAACUCUGGAGGAGAAACUGGCCAAGAAGGAUGCAGAACUAGCCAAACUUAAAGGAUCAGAGAAGGAGUCUGAAGGGGUUGUAUCCAAGAGACUGGAUGAGGUAAACAAACAGUUAAGGAAAACAGAAGCAGAGAAUGCCACACUGACCAAUAACUUGAAGACUGCCGAAAAGGAGUGCUCUACAGUCAAGGGGCGACUUCAGGAGUUGGAAAAGGCACUGUCUGGCAAUGACAACACAUCAAAGGUUCUGGAGGAAAAGCUACAGGGUGCUGAAAAAGCCAAAUCUAAUGUUGAGGCCAGUCUGAAAGCAACAGAGAAGAAAUUAAUGGACACAGAACAGCUGAAGUGUAAACUUGAGAAGGACUUUGAGGAUGCUAAGAAUCAAAGGUCUACAGUGGAGGCAAACAUGAAAUCUACAGAACAGAAAAUGACAGACAUGGAAAAGCUCAAGACAAAAUUACAGACAGAUUUUGAGGCUGCAGAGAAGGAGAAACAUGAUAUGCAGUCAAGCUUGGAUAAUCUGGAGAAGAAGUUAUCAGAGUCCGAACAGGGCAAGGACAAACUACAAAAUGAGAUGGAGGUUUUGAAGCAGGAGAACUCGAGCCUUUCACAGGAAGUGAUGGUAGUGAAGGAGACUGUUGUCAAGACAGCUGGGGCUCCUAACGGGGAUAUUCAUGAUGAACCGGCUGAAAACAAAAUUGCUGUUUCACAGCACGAGAAAAUAGUUUCAGAAAAAGAUACAGAAAUCAAGAAACUAGUGACAGACUUGGAGGUCAAGGUCUCAGAAUUGACCAAAGUACAGAGCGAAGUGGAUAAGCAGAAGAAGAAAAACAAUGAUUUGAGGCAAAAGAAUUGGGAGGCAAUGGAAGCCUUGCAAAAGGCAGAAAAGUCAGUAACACAAGUUCAAUCUGCUGUCAAAGAUACGAAGAAUGAUGAAAGUACAGCAUUAGUAACAGACACAGAAAAAUACGAUAAAACAGUAUUACAGAAGAUUUUCCCAGAUGUUUCUGUGAACACAAAUUUGGUCCAUAAAGAAUGGAUGUCCUGCUUUGAGAAGGAGGCUGUACUGCAAUUACAAGGGCUUUCUAAAGCUAAUGGAUCUAUUGCUAAGUCAGAGGCCAAAGUAACAGACCUCCAGGGUCAGGUUAGCAGUCUAGAAACUCAAGUACAGACGUAUAAAACCAACCUGUCUUCCUCAAGUGCCAGUUAUGAAGGCAGAGUGAAAGAUUUACAAGAGAAAAACAGUAGUUUACAAUCUGAGGUCGAAAGACUAAAGACAGAAUCAUCAAAUAUGUCCAGUUCUGAAGCCAGAAAUGCUGAAUUAGAAGAAAGUAAUAAAACAUUAAAAAGUCAACUCCAAGAAAAUAAACAACUGCUAGACACAUCAAGUGCCAGCUAUGAAGCCAAAGUCAAAGAUUUACAAGAAACAAACAGUAGUUUACAAUCCGAGGUUGAGCAACUUCGGGAAGCGUCAUCAAAUGUGUCUAGUUCAGACUCGAGGGUGACAGAAUUAGAGGAAAGCAAUACAAAGUUAGAAGGUCAAGUCCAGGAGUAUUUAAAUGUUCUAGCUACAACAGAGUCUAAGUUACAGCAGCUGGAGAACAGUGUGGAGGGAGAGGAGAAAAAGUGGUACGACAAACUACAGGCUGUACAGAUAGAGCUGGAACAGGCCAAGCAGGAGGUCUCGUCUGUGCAGGAGGAGUUACAGAAGAGUCAAGCCAGUACAGAGGCACUAAGUGAAUUGGAGUUUGCUUAUCGCUGUCUAGAGAAAAGUUUGACGCAAAUAACUGAUGAGAUGAAAGAGAAGGUAUUAAGUCUAGAUGGCCAGUUGAAAAUAUCUGAAGACAAGUGUUCACAGUUGCAGAGUCAAGUUGAAGAGAGUGAAGAGAAAAUUACAACGCUUCAAGAGUCUCAGAAAUCCACAAGUAACCAAGACGAUUUACUGAAGCAAAUAGAAGAACUAAAGAGGUUGUUAGCAGAAGAAAAUAAAAAAGCAAAAAAUUUAGCAACAACCAAUGUGAGACUGAAUGGCAUUAUAAAAACUGGUCAGGACUCCCUGGCGCAGGAGCAAGCCUUGGUGGAUAAACUCAAGAUUGAAAUGGAGAAAAGCAAGGGGUCAAAUGGUGCAUCACCAAGCAGUGAAGUAGAACAGCUGAGAGCUAAACUUGAAGAGAAGGAAAAACAGCUGGAAAAGGAGAUGAUAGCAAAGAAACAGCUGUCCCAGAGACUGGUUCAGGCAGACUCACAGUAGACAGAUGUACAGGCUCAAUUAGGUGUAAUGGCGUCCUCUCAAGGGAAUGACCUGGGAACAUCAGUGUAACAAUCGUGUGGUGCGGACCAAAUUAUGACCAGACG